AGCGUUUCUGCUGGUGAGAGAGGUGUAUGAAGAAAAGACAAAACACAACAAAGUAAAACUGGCGCGGGCGCUACUUUUAAUAAUAACUUUUUCAUAAAUUCAUAGUUACAGACCACAGUAACUAACUAUUGAAACGUGUGGUAUUAAUUUUGUUAAAUAACGUCGUUGGCAGAAUUUCAUAAUGCCAAGUACCACAUCUUUGUUGGAGACCGAGGAAACUGAGCCGGAGAUCCCGCCACUAGUUGUGCAUGCAUUCGCCGACAUAGGCCUGGAUGACCACUACAGACAGACGGAACAACCCGAGAGCCUCUUGCAUCCACGCCCGAUCUCUCAUUUCAAUGUGCUUGGUGCCGUGCUGGACCUGCAGCCUAUACAGCACCACCAUCCGACACCAACGGAAGAGGACGAAGAAAGAGCUAACGAAGACGUGUUGGGAGAGGAUGAUUUCAACAAGACGCUGCUUGUGCAGGCCCAAGUCUCGGGACUAGGCUCUGUUAUGCUACCUGGAAUGGAUACGCCCGAGACACUCUUGCUGUACAAUGAACUUGACCACGGCACACUACAACAGGCUACGGGAAUGAUGAUUUUACCAUCUGUGUAUGGAGAGCCUGGCUAUGAAGUUGAGACAUCGCUGCUCAUGCGGAGGAAGAGUGUGAACACAACAGAGUGUGUCUCGGUGCCCAGCUCAGAACAUGUUGCCGAGAUUGUCGGUAGACAGGGUUGCAAGAUCAAGGCAUUGCGAGCAAAGACCAACACCUACAUCAAGACCCCAGUGCGAGGCGAGCAGCCGGUGUUCGUGGUGACAGGGCGGAAGGAGGAUGUGGUUAUGGCCAAGAGGGAGAUCCUCUCGGCAGCUGAGCACUUCUCCCUCAUCCGUGCCUCCCGGAACAAGGCAGGUCCGAUGGCUGCAGCAGGGCCAGGGCUACCUGCUGCACCUUCCCUACCUGGUCAAACCACCAUCCAGGUGCGUGUUCCCUACCGCGUGGUGGGACUGGUGGUUGGGCCCAAGGGGGCGACCAUCAAGCGCAUCCAACAGCAGACACACACUUACAUUGUCACUCCAAGCCGAGACAAAGAGCCAGUGUUUGAGGUGACGGGCAUGCCUGAGAAUGUGGACCGAGCGCGAGAGGAGAUCGAGGCCCACAUUGCCAUACGCACAGGCAACUGUGUGGAGAUUCCAGGAGACGAGAACGACUUCCACUACAACGGCACUGACGUCAGCUUCGAGGCGGGAAGCUGUGGGGCGUGGCUGCAGUCGAACGCAGCCGCACCUGCCGGUGCCCAGCGCACCGGCAAUUGCGGUGUGCGCAUGACCGCCAACUACCGCAACGACAGCUCCAGCUCUCUGGGCAGUGGCUCCACUGACUCCUACUAUGGCGGAGGGGGGAACCGCAUGGCCGACUUCAGCCCCACUAGCCCCUUCGUCAACAAUAACAACAACAAUGUUGGGGCCAGCUUCUGGUUUGAGGAGACUCUGCUCCCCUUGGCGUCUGAGGAGCUGGCAGCACUGGGAUCUCCUGGGUUUGACCCUCUGGCCAUCACUACAGCUGCUCCUGCACCGCAGCCACAGGUGGUGUGGAGCCACUUGGAACAGGGUGUCCAGCUGUUGGGUGGUCGCCAGGCCCCUGUCCGAGACAGCCAAUCCGGCACACCUCACCUCUCCCCUGCCUUCCAAGAGGCCUUGGAACACCCCAUGGCCCAGCGGGUUCAAAGGGUCUCCCUCAGUGUCUCAGGGUCUCAAAAGUUCCCAGUCUACGGCCCCACCUUCUCGUCCUCCAGUGACAGCUCCAGCUCUCCCCCAGACUCAUGCAGAGGAGGCCAGGAAUGCAUCCGUUGCCUGGAGAGUGAGAUCAUCGCAGCCCUGAUGCCCUGCGGACACAACCUCUUCUGCAUAGAAUGCGCCAACCGCAUCUGCCAGUGCCCCGAGGCCAUCUGCCCAGUGUGUCAGGCACCAGUCACCCAGGCCAUACGGCUGAGCCUGCCCUGAGCCCUGACAGGGUUGGUUGGGGGGGGCAGAGUGGGUGGGGUGCGGGUCCACGCACGUGCCUAGUAUUGUCCUCCUGGUCAGGGAACCGAUGGGGGUCAGACCCGCUAAGUAGCAAUGGGAUUCCCUAAAAUACAUUUUAUUUUGACAUGUUAAUACUCUUCCUACCUUUUUUAUUGUGUUUUUAUUUUAAAUGUAUCACAUUUUUGGGGAUCACUUAACUUAUCCUAGGUGUUCAACUGUCUUUGAAUCAAGGUUUAAGUUGGUUGUAACAUUUUAUUUCUCUCCUGGCUUUAGGCCUUUUAUUUUUCUGUUAGUCUUUUAUUUUAUUUUUUAUAUGAGAAAAUACUUCUCCCUGUCUGCUAUUAGCUGUGCUUACAGACAGGAAGUACCAGGAUGUGCUACUUCAGUACUGCCAUGCUUUCCAUUGCAACUUGAAAACAUUAUCUGUUUACAGUAACUCGUGCCUAAUUCCACUUAAGUAAUUGAAACAUACAACCGGUUUUGUGGGCACACAGUGUUACCAUAGAACUCUAUAGAAAAAGCCUGUGGCCUUUUUAGAAAGCAUGUAUGUUAUUGAACACUAUUACUCAACCCAUACCUUCAGGAGGUCAGACUGACGAUGCAUUUGGGUAGUGACCUGGUCUUCCGUUGUGGGCAACUCAUGCUCCUAUGUAGGUGGUUGGGUUCCUGACAUUCCAGCCAUAUUAUCCAGUAUUUUUUUACCCACAUUGAACUUAACUAGUCUACACCUACCCUAGUGCGUUAAAUUGGACUAAUGGCCUCCUGACUCUGGUACCACCUCUUCAUAUGAUCUGCCUUCUCACGUUUUGAGUUUUAUCAUGUGCCCAAGCACUGACCCCAUCUCUUCUCUGCUGACAGAUGAUACCUAGUAUUCCCCCUGCUGUCAUCCUCUCAUCCCUUUUCCCAUCCGCUGUAGGCUGCAUUACACAGGCAGCCGAAUUCUGAUAUUUUGCCCAAUUAUUGGCAAAGCUCUGAUCUGAUUGGUCUGACCAAUAAUUGGGCUGACUGUAAAUGCAGCCAUAGAGGUAUGCAGCUCAGAUGUGUUAUUCUAACUUCUGGGGAAUACAUUGGUCCUAAACCUCUCAACCCCAAUCUUUACAUUUUGUGUAUGGAAUAUUGUUAAUGACAGGUAAAUAUAGACAUUUAUUUUUAUUUAACUUGAAGUUACAUUAUAUACUGUAUAUAAAUAUAUUAAAAUGUUUACAAAUAAUUAUUUUUCCUCUGUGCAGAACUGGGAGGGUGAGUUGCGGUGUACUGCAGGUUGUCAGUGAUAUUUACUUGUAUAUUUCACCAGUAUUGAAAAACGAUUAGCUGCCGUCUUGUAGUUGAAGGAAAGUGCACUUACGCAUGUUUUCAUAAUGUACCGCAUUGUACACUGCAACUGUAAAGGCCAAGGAUCAAACAUGAGCUGCAUCUGUACGCCACCAAAUUAAUGGAAUACAUGCUUCUUAAAUAUCUAUGCUGUACCAACAGUUAAAGAAUUUGCUAAUUUUACUACACUUCUGUUAUAUGUAGGGAAGACUAAUGGCAUAAAUUUAACAAAUUGAGUCAAGUUUUAAGCAAACUAUAUUUUAUGAUAAAUGGCCUUCUAAGUUGUGGCCAAAGCACUGAUUUAUAUAUUUGCUGGCCAAAGCACUGAUUUAUAUAUUUGCUGUAAAGAGAAUUAAGAGUUUUAUUUUUCUGAUAUUACUUAAUAAAGACGGUUUCAUUUAAAGCCCUG